UGUUGCAUUACAAAUGCGACCCAACACGCUAUGUUAUCCCCAAAGGGUGUGUGCACGGUGAUCGUGUUCCCUACACGUGGCGGGAUGAUGAUUGAUUGGCUAACGCCACCUGGACAACUUUUUAUCGUCUGCCUACAUUUUGCAAGGCCUCCUAGUCGUUGAAGGUCGAGGCACACGUUGUGCGGACCUAUUCUUUCGACUAUGCAUGAGUGUAUCCCUUCCUGAGAAUCUCGAAAACUGCGAAAGGGUGGUAGGUGACGGUGAUGGCUCCUCCUGCUGACCGGAGUGCGCCUCCUAUGGGGAAAUUGGAAAUGGUGCGAGGUUCGGAGAAGUCUGUUGGUGGUGAUGCUGGAGCUGAUGGAAAUGGGAUGACCAGCGACGAUGGGAUGGGUGCGGGCGAGGGAGACAUUGUACCUCGCAAGCAAGUCGCCAGGAAAUGGUUUAGGAAGUGGGUCGUGCAGGACACUGUACUCAACAGUGGGAAAUGCUUCGUGCUGAAAUGGAUCCGAGAGGAUAUGGUGGCAGCUCAGAAACCUGUUGCCCCCCCACCAAUGCCAGCAGUGCAAUCCCCUGAGCAUGAUCAGGGCGUUGUUUACGUCUGUGCUUUUGAGGGGUGUGGAAAGGUGUUCACAGAGGCUGCUGCGCUUCGCAAACAUGCACAUGUACAUGGAGAAAAGCAGUACGUAUGCCAUUACGAGGGCUGUGGUAAGCGCUUUGUGGACAGCUCCAAGUUGAAGAGACACUUCUUGAUUCACACUGGCGAAAAACACUUUGUUUGUCCAUUUGAAGGCUGUGGAAAGGCGUUCUCGUUGGACUUUAAUUUACGGUCUCACAUGAGGACACACACUGGCGAGAAUUACCAUCCAUGCCCCUAUGCAGAUUGUGGAAAGCGGUAUGCUCACGAGUACAAGCUGAGGGCCCACAUCAAGUCUCACCAUGAGAAGGAGUCUAAGCACUCACAUCAGUCAGAGAGAGCAUUACUUGCUAUAGCAGGCAGCGGUGGUGCUGGCGGUUUGGGUGGGCAAAUUGUUGCCACAUCAGGUGGGAACCCGCCUUCAGCAGCAGGUGAGCGGCCAUUCGGGUGCCCAUUUGAAGGAUGCGGGAAGAGGUAUAUACACGAGUAUAAACUCAACUUGCACCUCAGGAAAGAGCAUGCCCAGGAUGUGGGUGACAUGAUGAUGGAUGACAGUGGGGGAACCCGUGCAAGGGGCUCAAAUCCAGAUCAUCCCGCUGAUGCCAACAGGGGAGGUAUGCUGGAAAUCGGUUACGAUGACAACCCAAACCACCACGAAGGCGGCUAUGGUGGGUAUAGCGAAGCUGAGGAUGAUGACGGGAGUGAUCUAGGUGAAAUGCAACUCAGAGGAGAUGUGAAUCUUGGACAUAAUGGUGGGGACGACAGGCCAGUCCAUGCACACUUAGGACAGAAGCAGCCGAGAGACAACAUACACCAUGUCGACCUCAACGAGCGUCAGCUCAUCACGGAGUAUGGAUACCGGCUUUCUGAUGCAGAGAGGGAGGAUAGUGAGGAGACAGAAGAGGAGGAGAGGGAAGAGUUUGAUGGUGAUCAUGAGAUGGUAGAGAGGGAGUACGAGGAUGUUGUAGAGGAGGAGGAUGAUGAAGAGACGGAGGAGGAAAUGGACUAGCCCGCCGCGUGAGCUCACAUGGUAGGACGAAGAUCAACUGCAGGUUUCACUCUCGGUUCCUUGUGCAUAAGGAUAUAUAUUCGCCACAGGUAGAGAAUGCGGGUGAAUGCAGUGCUAAGAAGCAAUGAAGUCAUGGUUACAGCGCCUACUUGCAAAGCUGAGGUUAGAGAAGCCGCAAGUGGAUCGUGUACUUGUUUACUCAGACGCAAUGGUUGGAUGGGUGCAAGGCAUGCGUCGUUAAAGAAGAAGCAGACAUCCCAACAUGGUCGUGAUGAGAGUGGUGGCGAUGCGUGGAGCUGAUGGAUGGCAUCCAGUACUGUGGUGAGCAGACUCAUCGGGCAGUAGACGCAGCGCAAGAAGCGACGGAGAUGGGAAGCAAAGUUAUUGAGGGGCUGGUUUCCAUGCGAUCUACCAAAGCAGAUAUCACAACAUGGUGGUGAUGAGAGUGGUGGCGAUGUGUGGAGAUCAUCGAUGUCAUCUAGUACUGUGAUGAGAAGACUUGUCAGGCAGUAAAUGAAGCACAAGAAGCGACGGAGGCGAUGUGUGGAGACGUUGAACGAUGUCAUCUAGUACUGUGAUAAGAAGACUCGUCGGGCAGUGAACGCAGCUCAAGAAGCGACGGAGGCGAUGUGUGGAGACGGUGGAUGGCAUCUUGUACUGUGGUGAGAAGACUCAUCCGGCAGUAGAUGCAGCGCAAGAAGCGACGGAGAUCGGGAGCAAAGCUUCUUGAGGGGAUGGUUUCCAUGCGAUCUACAAAAGCAGAUAUCACAACAUGGUGGUGAUGAGAGUGGUGGCGAUGUGUGGAGACGAUCGAUGGCAUCUAGUCCCUGGGAUGAGAAGACUCGUCAGGCAGCACAAAAAGCGAUGGAGGCAAUGUGUGGAGACGAUGGACGGCAUCUAGUACUGUGGUGAGAAGAUGCAGCGCAAGAAGCGAUGGAGAUGGGGAGGAAAGCUUCUUGAGGGGAUGGUUCCCAUCCUAUCUACCAUGUGGUCUGUGGUGGAUGUUAUCCGAAGUUCUUAGCUCGGCAUUUCAAUCCCGUCCACAGCAGACUGUCUAGACUACAAGGCACCCAUUCCCUUUGCCUACUUUUAAUUACGCAUUGAUUGCGUAGUAGUUUUCUUAACGCGCAGUAUCCGUGCUAGUUUCUUAAUCUCUGUCCAUGAAAUCCAUUUUUAUAAUUGUGGCUGAUUUGAUGAAUGGUCCACUCAGCUCACUGUACAAUAAGGGUGCUCCAGCUUGAAUGGUUGUGAGUGAGUGGCAGAUUGAACAGGGCAACAGAUUCACAGGAAAUGGGUAUCAUCAUCAUAUCCACCGAAAGGUGGCACUGCUGUUGUGCAUUGUGAUUUACGUCUCCUUUUUUCCCCCUCUGCUGCGUGGUAAAACCAAGGCCCAUAUAUGUUCAUAAGCGUAUUCAACAUAUGCCUUUAGGUGCAGAGAGUCUGUCUGUUCCUGCUUCGGUGGCAAGGGCGUGGGUUCAAAUCCCACAGCUGUCACCAAAGAAAAGAAGAAUGCCACUGGUCGUAAAAUUGCAGCGAGGCUGCAGAGUGAUAAACCCACAACUCCUCG